CCCACCCCACCUGCUUGGUGCCGCAGCAGCUCUCUGUGUUUGGCGCUAGCCAACCCCGGGUGUUUUACCCCUUCAUAUUCAGCCACGCCUACCUCAGUCCUGAUGCCGCGUGCCUCUCGGCGCUCCAGAGCGCCGGUGGCAGGAGCGACACUAGAACGAACCCCUAGCUCCCGACGACGACGAAGGCGACGAAGAUGGUUACGGUUGUGUCGCCUGCUCGCCAGGCAGAAGUGGAGAGGCAUCGGGGUAAUGGGCGUCGUGACUAUUUUUUUGGCAGCUCUAUUGCUCUGCCUGACAGCUUACUUCGAGCAGUGGGGUCAGGCGUUCACAACUGGCUCGUCCCUCGAUAGCUCAGCACCAGCACCGCAGACAGAGGACCCCUCAUACUUUGAAGACAAGGACAUCCCGAAGGUCUUCACGGAUUAUGCCGUUCUUCAUAACAGCGCUACAGCGAGUCCGAUGAACGCGAAGUACGUCGUGUACGAGAUGCCGGGGAACACGACCGUGGCGCAAUCGCUCUUUGGCUUGACGUCGACCUACCUGUUCGCCCUCAUGAGUGAAAGGGUUCUGCUGGUGCAAUGGACCGGUAGCGACGACUCCCAGGGAUCCAACGACAUCGCUGCCGGGAAUUCUACUGCUGCGGGAGAUAGCUCAGGAACCUCGGGCAGCACGAGCUCGUUGGAAGAAAUAUUCCUCGACCCGGGAUUUUUUUGGAGCUGGGAGCGGUUCGAGGACCGAUGGCUGAACUACUUCGGAUAUGCGGAGGAGGACCUUGGGUCCACUGUGGUGGAUGUAAUAGCGAAUUACAACAGCUUGGUUUGUGACAACCUCAAGAACUUCAUGGGGGACACGCAGUUUAUCAAGAUCACCAACACGGAGUAUUUCGCCCCUCUGCUGACGGUAAACCAGCACGCUGGUCGAACCGUCUUGGAAGAAAUUCCUUCGGUGGACACUUUCGCCAGCCUGAGUAACUGGCUCAUGCGCCCAGUGCCAACAGUGACGGCCGCUGUACGUCGUUUUAGGGAGCGCUACUUUGAAGACAACUACGUGAUCGUGAUGGAGAUGGACGUGCUUGCUGAUACAACUGGUGGAAGUGGCAUGUCGGCUGCACAGCAGCAGCUCUUCUUCAAAGAGGCGAGUGAUGCCAGCUACCGUGCCAAGGGAAACCUGACCCCGGACCAGCAGGGCGUCGUCGUGUUGGUGGUGACUGAUGACGAGGAAGGACUACAGUCACGAGUAGCAGACUUGGGGCAGGACAGCUUGGGGGCGGCGGGGGUAGUGGCCAUCACAGGGCCUCGAGGCUUCGGCACGACCCGCAUCUUGACCGAGCUUCAGCAAGCGUGGCUUCUGGGAUAUGGGGACGUGAGCAUCGUCUCACCGGCUUCACCAAUUGGUGUGUUGGGGCAUGCGCGGAUGAGCGUGUCGCCGAUUGUGAUUGUGGACAGCCACACUGCUCACCAGUCGACUUCUUCGCAACCCUGUCUUGCUGACGUCGGGCGGGUUCAGGAGGCUCGCUGCUUCAGUUCAGCUAUGCUGUCAAGGCUGAGCUACGACCCCAAUGUGCCCUGCCUUGGCGACCCACCCAGAACAGUAAAAAGUUCCAAUGAAGCGAGAGAUCGUGCUCGAAAUCGACGGCUGGAGCUGUGAUACAUUCUCUCAUUCAUGUGUACAAAGUGACGUAUUUCGUGCGGCUAUAGCGCGUGCGUUGUGUUUGUUGUUGUCAAAGUUGGCCGGUCCGUGUACGUGGUAUCUCGAGUGCGAUGUGCUUUAUUUAUGUUAGCUGGGUUGUACAUUCGAUACGACUUCGCCGUUUCACGCGUGUACAUUUAACACUUGCAGGACUAGUUGAUAUUGUGUUCAAUUGUUUUCGUAUAUAGAAAUUUACUUACGUAUCGUUUACGGGGUUGCCAACAGCUGUGCGCAGGUGCUCAAGGCACACCUCAGCUGCCUUUGUAACAGUAUCAAGUAUUAUCUCUGAUGGCCUCCUCUAUUGUGUUGAUGUUGGCAGUUGUGUGGUGAUCCACCCGCUUGCCGUUCUUGUAAAAGAUGAGCAUCGGCAGCCCACGCACACCGAGCUUUGCCGCAAGCUCCUGCGAGGUUGUGGCAACAGCACGUAACGUUUCACCCGUGGGAAAUCGUAGUGAGAAGAGAAGGAAUAAAGAAGUUUGCGGUCAACCUGGCUUCAAUUGUUACCGUGCCACGCAUCGUCCGGACGCAGCGAACGACACCACUUGGUUCACUAGCAUGGAAUUUGAAAACGAAAGGCAACUUCCUGCACUUACUGGUAUCGUGCAGUAUUACAAAUAGGCCAUGUGGAUUUUAUUAGACCCACUCACCUCGUGGUGUGUCUUGUU